GAGGCUCACGGACAGGGGAGCUGCUGCGGCCUGCUGGGGUUUACGAAGGCCAUCAUAUAUACGUAUUUAAAGCGAAGCCGGCCGAUCUCACGGAGAAGGGGCGACAACGUCCUCUACGCGCGAAGCUCCCUCCUCCAACGACAUCCGGGGAUCCUCCCCGCGCCCCGCACUAGGGGGCCUUCAGCACCAUCCCGGCAUCCUUCGCGCCCAGCACUCCUAGGCCAGUUCCCGCGACACACGUGGGCCGCGUCGGCCACCGUCGGCCUGCAGUUGCUAUGGGAACCCGGCUGCCGUAAGCUAUGUCGUUACCCCAGGCUCCUCCGUCUCGUGUGUUCGUGCAGCUGGUUCCGUGGGUUGACCGGGGCCAGGAACACAAUGAGGUCUCCGGGGGAGAAGUGCUGCGCGGUGUCCGGCAGCCGGUCUCCACACAGGUCCCAGCCGGGACCCGGGAGGUACACGUCAGCGGCACCGCCGAGGUGUCCGCGGGCCCCAACCGGGCGCAGGUGACGGUGCGCAUGCGCAGUACCAAAGAGGCUGCCGCCGAGGCCAAGAAGAGCGUGGGGCGCCGCCUGGACUAUAUCACGCAGAGCCUGCGGCGGCAGGGGCUGCAGGCAGAAAAUAUAGCCGUCACAAGGGAUUUUAGAAGAGUGGAAAAUGCAUAUCACAUGGAAGCAGAGGUCUGUAUUACAUUUACUGAAUUUGAAAAAAUGCAAAAUAUUUGUAGCUUCCUCGUUGAGAAGUUGGACAGCUCUGUUGUGAUUGAGCCACCCCAGUUCUAUCACGCACCUGGUGCUGCCGAGAACCUGCGACGGCAAGCCUGUCUUGUUGCUGUGGAGAAUGCGUGGCGCAAAGCUCAAGAAGUCUGUCAUCUCGUUGGCCAGACCCUGGGGAAACCUUUACUGAUCAAAGAAGAAGAAACAAAAGAAUGGGAAGGACAAAUAGAGGAGCAUCCAUCAUCUGGACCCUUAAGUUCACUAACUGUACAACAGAAAAUAAAAAGUGCAACACUAUAUGCUGCCUCCAAAGUCUUCGUAACCUUUGAGGUAAAGGGGAAAGAGAAGAAAAAGAAGCAUCUCCGAAAUUAAAAUACUAUAUAACUUUUAUCUAUUUUUAUA